AUGGGAAAGAGAGACACGAUGAAGACAAUGCUCGUGAGUGGUUGGGGAGUGAUGGAAGAGAAGUUUCUCGAGAGCCGCCGAGAUGAUUACUCAGUCGCGCUCCGUAAUUCCACAGUUGAAGCGGAGAAACUCGUGUCACCGCGUAAAGCCUCCGAUGAGCACCAAUUCACCAUUACUAUCCUUGAAGGUUCCCUUUACGCGCAAGAGUUCUUCCAAGCGCGACCCAAUGACUUCUUCAUCUGUAGCUACCUAAAGACAGGUACCACUUGGCUCAAAUCACUAGUAUUCAUAAUAGCCAACCGAUCUCGCUUUGAUGAUUCCACGAACCCUCUCCUAAAACGUAACCCUCACGAACUUAUUCCUUUCAUUGAGAUCGAGUUCCCUUUGUUCCCUCAAGUUGAUGGUCUCAAAGACAAAGAAAACACACUGUUCUCAACUCAUAUGCCAUACAAGUCACUACCCGACUCGGUUGUGAAAACAGGUUGUAAGAUGGUUUACAUCUGGAGAGACCCGAAGGACACUUUCAUCUCCUUGUGGCAUUUCUUCCUAAAGAAAAGGUCAGAAAGUGGCCCGCUCGACAGUCUGGAGGAGUGUUUUGAUAUGUUCUGUAAAGGUUUUUCAGGGUACGGUCCUUAUCUUGAUCAUGUUCUGGGAUAUUGGAAAGCUCACCAAGCGAAUCCAAAUCAGAUUUUGUUCCUUAACUAUGAGACUUUGAGUGCUGAUCCUUUGCCUUAUGUGAAGAGAUUGGCUGAGUUUAUGGGUUAUGGAUUCACAGCUGAGGAAGAGAAGAAUGGGGUUGUUGAGAAAGUUGUGAACCUUUGCAGCUUCGAGACGUUGAAGAAUCUUGAAGCUAACAAAGAAGAUAAGGAGAGAGAAGAUCAUCCUUCUCCUUUCACAAAGAGCGCGUAUUUCAGGAAAGGAAAGACCGGAGAUUGGAAAAAUUAUCUGACUCCAGACAUGGCAGCUCGUAUGGAUGGAAUAAUGGAAGAGAAGUUCAAGGGUACUGGGUUGCUUGAAAAUUGUAAAUAAAUGAGCUAGUUCUUGUUUGGGGAUAUUAAUAAUGACUGAUCCUUAAGUAUGCCUGUUUAAAGCAUAAGUUUGCUCAUUACGUUUACAUAUUGGAUGAAUAAAAUUUGUUUCUGUUUCUGUUUCAUGUGAAUAAUGUAUAUCAAUAGGAAAAAAAAUUUGACUUUGUUUUUAGCUAACAAACAAAAGCUUUC